CGGACGGUGAUGGAUUCAAACCCUGCCUGUAAUGACCUCCCCCAAGACCGUUGCUGACGUCACUCGUCCCGGCCAUCGCAGGUUUUGCAAACCUCCUGUCAAGGUGGCCUGUUUGUCCUGUCGGACUUUGCGGGUUCGUUGUGAUGGACAGGAAAGAUGUUCGAAUUGUAUUGCCAAAGAUACCGUCUGUUGCUAUCUGCCUAGUAAACGAGGCGGUCCGCGGAACUGUCAGAAUCGCAAACGCAAACGACUAUCAACGCCCCCGACUACCGUCUCGGAUGUGAGGGAUGAAGAUUAUCAGGGCCUGAGGAGAGACCACUCCAGUGUCGACGGACCGUCGUCUAGCUCGGAUGAGGAUGGCUGGCUGAACCAGCUGCUGAGUCUGGGCGCACCCGGCGCUGGCCUGCGUAGCAUCGAGAACUCCGUCACGGAGAUGGAACAGAUCUUCGACUCGAUAUUUACAGUUGAUGAACAGCCCAUGGUGCCGGAAAUGACCGGACCACCACCCCCGGAUUGGCUGCAAACCUAUGGGAGCAACGAGGAUCUACUGGAUGCCUACUACGCUUUUAUCCACAUCUACUAUCCUAUCCUGCCUCCUCCAGAACGGGUGCCGGUACACAAUCGUCCCUUGUCCGAAAAGUCGACGUUUCGAUCGUCAAGCCCGCUAGGCCUUGCCAUAUCAGCGAUCCUCGCCUUGAUCCCACAUCCGGAGGUGAAACAACCCUCACGAACGGAGUAUGUGAAGCUGCGCAGAGACCUUGCUCACUCCUUUGCGCAAUCCGCGCUCGAAGCCGUCGAAGCAGAUCUCGAGCUGCUCGAUUCUUCCUCGGAUCCGUCGCAAGCUCUUUCCGAUGGAAUACCUCAGUUUCAACGCGUGGGCCUCCAUAGCAAGGUGCCCAUUUGCCUCGAAGCGGUUCUGGCAUUAGUGCUGUUGAGUGUAUACGAGUAUGCGCAGAGAGGGAACAUCAACAAGAUGUGCAACCGGGCGGGGCAAGCCUUGACGGCCGCGAUGAGCAUGUCGCUACAUGAGAUGGUUGAUGAGGAUGAGUUUUCCGAGGCCCGUCGAAGGGCUUGGUGGAUUACGUAUUUGACUGUCUGUCAGGGAUCAAUUGUUAGCGGAAUGCCUCCCGCGAUCAACCCGUAUGAUCCUCGCUUCGUCACACCGAUUCCAGAGGGAUGGAAACUUCUCAUCGAAGCUGAGCAAACGAUCCUCGAAGCCACUACAUUUGUGCACGACCUAGAUCUCACCACCAAGUCCCAGUUCAAUGCGUCCUGGGUGUCCCAGCGAAUGAUGGACCUUGACAACCAAAUAACCUGCCUGCUGCAUCCGUGCAGAGUAUCGAGUAGUGGUGUGAACAAAAUGCCGCCCAUUCCCACCCAAGACUCGCCGGACGUGGUCGCCCUACAUGCGAUCAACUACAUUGCGGAGAUCAAACUACACAGUGCGAGGAUCAAAACCCACCGAUUCUGCGCUUUCCAGGAUGUCCCCGUCUUCCGCAAGCGCCAUUGCGACCUGGUUGCAGCUGGGCCCCAGUGCUGCCGCGUCGGAGUCUCCAAAUCCGCCACAUCCACACCCGACAGUCUCCUGUCAUCCAUGCUAUCCGAGACUUCGACGGUUGACUUUCCGUUUUCCGCCCACGCGUCUUCGAAGAUCUGCCUCCAUGCCGCGCUCAACAUUGUCAGCCUGCUCGACAACCUGCCGUACCCGAAUCCGAUGAACGAGAUCCCGUUGACACGACCGCCCUACCUGUCGCGUAAUUCGCGGGUGGAGAUUCCCCGGACGAUGCCGACGUUUGCCUGUUGCGCCAUGCAGUCCAGCUACGCGAUGCUGAUGCUGUGCUUGAAGGCCCGGGCGAUGCAUGAGCCGGUGGGAGACGAGUCAACCUCGGGCAGUCGAUCCCUGGGAGGAUUCUUGGACGAGUUGCGACAGAGCCUGCGGUUGGUGUCCAAGACCCUGGGGAAUUAUGCAAUUGCAUUUGAAGCACUGAAUGGAAUGAGGGAAGAGAUAGCGCAGUCGGUCGAGUGGGCUUUUGAGUUGAGCAGCUGACAGCCGAUGAGAUGUAGAGAUACAUAACCCGUAGGCUUAGACACAUCACUAAGACUAGGCGGAUGCUGAAUAGAGAUAGACUCAUUUGACGAUAGACAAUCUAAUAC